AUGUGGGGGUUCUUAUAUUGGGUCUUCCCCGUCGUCUCGGGCCUCACAUGGCUCGGCAUGCUCAUCGCAAUGCUGGUCGUCUGGACCACCUCAGGGCGCCCACACUACCCCUCCAUGGAACCCCCCCAAAGCAUCGCAUACAUCUCCGACGUCGGCGCGCAAGGCCUCAAGCCCCUCUUCAUCGCAGGCUCCGUCGUCAUGACCGUCUUCCUCGACCUAUCGCUAGUGGCGGAGCGCUGGCUACGACACCGCGGGCGGCUGGCGCGCAACCGCACCAUGACGGAGAAGGCGUUUAUGUUCCUCUCGAUGCUGGGCGCUAUCAUGGAUACGCUGCGUCAUCCGCAUAUGCAUAAUCGAUUUCUCGUCGUGUUUAUCGUGGGCUACGUGGUGUCGGCUAUCUUUAUCUGCGCGGAGUACCAGCGGUUGGGGAUCCAUUUCCGCGAGCAUCGUGUGCUGAGGGCGUCAUUUUGGAUUAAGCUCUUCUUUAUUAUCAUCGAGGUCGCCUUGGCAAUAGGAUUCGGUGUGGAGAGCAAGAAAGACAAUUUCGACACGGCGGCCGUUCUCGAAUGGACCAUUGCUUUCAUAUUCACCUUCUACAUCCUCUCCAUCUUCAUCGACUUGAUCCCAGCUGUGCGCACCAAGGAGCGCGUAAGGGAGGAGACGGCUCUGCAGAUGGAGGCUAAUGACCCACAUACGCGUAUGCACGAGGAUGAGGCGCGCUUGCAUCAGGCGCAGUAUGAUAGCCCGAGUUACCGCGGGGAUGGAAGCCGACUUGGACAGAACUUUUGA